AUUAAAAAGCCCAGCUUUCCUCCAUGUUAGAUGUGAAGUAGAAAAUGGGGAAGAUUUAGCGAAAUUCCACUGUGUCUUCAGCCAGGCUUGGAGAACAGGAGAGCAGAGUGAAAACCUCAGGUUGUUGAAAUUUCUAGAGUCCCAGGAAGCCCCUAGACUUCGGUGAAAAAUGAGGAUUUCUUAACAUAAACUGAUGGGGGAAAGGGGCAGAUGCUUUUAAUCAUUCUCCCCAGUGUGUGUUACCUUUCCUGACCAGUAUGGUAAGCAAGAGGGCAUAUGCCAGCCGCCUCGGACAAGUCUGCACGAUCCGAGUUACCCAAAGUAAGACAGAGUGAUCGCAAGCCUGCCUCUUGCUUCAUGGGCUUUGGGAGAAGCAGGAGAAGCAACAGCAGCAGCACAGUCACAGCAGCUGGAGCCGCGAGAAUGAACGGCCAGGAGGGAAAUGACAGCAGCUGCGGCUGCGGUGGCCACGAGGAGAAGAAGAUGCUGAAGUGUGUGGUGGUGGGGGACGGCGCCGUGGGGAAGACCUGCCUGCUGAUGAGCUACGCCAACGACGCCUUCCCGGAGGAAUACGUGCCCACUGUGUUUGAUCACUAUGCAGUUACUGUGACUGUGGGAGGCAAGCAACACUUGCUCGGACUGUAUGACACAGCAGGACAGGAGGACUACAACCAGCUGAGGCCACUCUCCUACCCCAACACUGAUGUGUUUUUGAUCUGCUUCUCUGUCGUAAAUCCUGCCUCUUAUCACAACGUCCAGGAGGAGUGGGUCCCGGAGCUGAAGGACUGCAUGCCUCACGUGCCCUACGUCCUCAUAGGGACCCAGAUUGAUCUCCGAGAUGACCCCAAAACCUUGGCCCGUUUGCUGUAUAUGAAAGAGAAACCUCUCACUUACGAGCACGGUGUGAAGCUUGCAAAAGCGAUUGGAGCACAGUGCUACUUGGAAUGCUCGGCCCUGACUCAGAAAGGUCUCAAAGCUGUUUUUGAUGAAGCAAUCCUCACCAUUUUCCACCCCAAGAAAAAGAAGAAACACUGCUCCGAGUGUCACAGCUGCUGUUCCAUUAUCUAAGGGUAAGAAUGGCAUCCGACCUCUGCGACCCAGCUCAAGCCAAAAGGAGGGCAUGACCAGAGAGGAAGUCCCUGACGCAGAGACUUGCUCCUCUGCUCCGUGAGCCCUCCCAAGCACAGCACACUCUCAGCCACUGCCAGGUUCCCCCUCCCAGCCAGAGCAUCCACGUUGCACACUCGGUGAGAAUGCUGAGCCCGGACUCCAGCCAGCGCCACUGUUGACCAUGUUGGAAACACAGUCAAAGGCCGUCUAGUGUUUCGCAUCUCCCCCUCCAAGAACAUGAAGCUGAUAGGAAAUCAUCACAGGAAAACCAAAAAGAGAACUCGGUCCCUGUAUUGGUGGCCUUACUUGAUGUCUUUUACAAAACAUGGGAAUACAAUACUAAUCUUUUUUUUUUCCCGAAUCUGCUGUUCUAUUAUGUGUCUUACCUUCAUUUGUAUUAUAAGAAAUUUACUAAUUUGCCAGUUUACUCAGGCCUUAUAAAUCCACACCAAAUUAGCCUAAAGACAAAGGGUUUUAUAUUCAUUCCUAUUUUUAGCAUGUUUCUACCAAAGCUAUUAAAACCAACACGUACCUCUGAAUGCCUGACUAUAAGAAAAUACAAGAAAAUGUUGAAACUUUUGGAAAUAUACAGAGCCAUAAUUUUUGAACCUGAUUGAAAGAAAAUGCCAUCUGAAUUGUUGCGGGUACACAAUUUUUGCCUAAGAUUCACCCCAGAAAUUCUUACAUUGAUAGGUAGCCUUAUUUUUCCACAUUAUACUGUCGUGGAAAAUUACAAAUGAGCUGUGUUUAAGAAAGUAGUAUUUCUGCUUUUCGAUCAAAUUCAUUGUGGAGAGACUAUGGCAGACCUAUCUUUUAAAAGAGUCUUUAUUCAGCAAAAUGAAAUUUCCUCUUCCCUCCCUUCCCCACUGCAUGCCCCUUUCUCUCUCGACUUCACACUCUCCCCCACACCCAAUAAUAACUUGAUUCCAAAGAAGGAUCUGGCCAUGGGGCAUGAAAAAGUCAAGUGUUUAAAAGUCCCCAAAGGUUAAACAAAGUGCCUCAAUUUUCCUUCUCACUUCAAAUGAAUGUGCUUCUCAGCUUGUCCUAUGGGAGCUCCCAUUCUCUUUAAGCGAUAUUUUCCAAGUACAACUGGUACUAAAAUAUUGCCCCUCCCUAUUUCCUGUACUUGUUGUCCCAGAUGUGUAUUUCUGGGCUAGAUUCAUGGGUACCAAGGUCUGGAUCAGUCUGUCCCCGGCUUCCAAAAUGAUGUGCUCCAUGGAACGGGGACUUUGGCCUUGGGAAAGUGACUUCCAAACAUCCAGGGAUUCUUGUAUCACAGAAUGGGUUACUUCCUAGCUUUUAAUUAGAGACUGUGAAGGCUUCUAAUUAGUCUUAUUUGCUUACAAUUACCCUGGAAACACCCAGGUAGGCACUUUAUUUUUUAUUUCAAUUGCAUAAGCAAAGUGCCUCUUUGCAGCAUGAAAUUACACAAAUUUUAGUUUAAGAAUUUCCAGAUUCACAUUCCUGUCGGAAAAAUCCAGUCUUUCUCAUUCCUUCUGCUCCUGAAGGAAGCGUGUUAAAAAACAAGUAUAUGGUAUGGGUCUUUUCUAUUAAGACCUUCCAUGACACCCCCUCAGUUUGGGGGGUUUUGUUUGUUUAGAAUUUUUGAAAUGUGCUUUCCCUUCUUCUACAUUUCAAGUUUUAUUUCCCUUCUCCCCCAUCUAGUUGCUAAACAUUUUCUUGAACACACACACAAACAUCCCAACCUAAAAGAAAACGGGAGUUUUGUAAGUCAAAGCUUGACAUUUAGAGAAAACAAGGACUUUCUCUCUUUGUAAAUGGAAAUCAACCAUGUAUAAACUAUAACUCUGCAAAGGUUAUGAAUUCAUCCUUCACAAACAAUAAUGAGCAUUUAGCCCAAUAGUAAACGAAGUGCCGUUAGCUGGUUUUGUUACAUUAUCGUGUGGUUAUACCUUACUAAAGAGCCACUCCUCACUUCUCAUUGAUGUGGAUGAAAACUUAAGAGCAGUAUGUUUGCUCUGCCAAGGAAAAAUUUCCAGAUGUGUGCACUCAACAGGCGAAGGGUCCCCAGGCCAUCACCUCCAUAAUGGGCCAUAGAGAAUAACUUUUUCUUGGUGGGGGAAUCUCUCUCUCGCCUGGAACCAGACUUGGAGAGAGAUUGUUAGUGUCUAUGGAGCACAGGCUCUUAGCAGUCAUGGCAGAUAAUUGUUGGUAAAAUAAUGAAGAACAAAACAACCUAAAUGAGUUAAUACCAUUCCACCAAAUUAAUCAUGUAUCCCCUGUUUAAUGGCAAUUGAUAGUUCACGUCACUAAAAAAAAAAAAAAAAAGUUUUCUGCCAUGAGAUUGAAUAAAACUAUAUUCUGAAACCAAAGAUAAAAAGACGUUGAAAUCUCAACAAGGAUCCUUUAAAGGUCUACACCAUCUUCCAAAGUCAAGAAGAAGUAGCCGAUCUCAGAGACAGAAGAAGCUAUAGUCCAUUCCCCUCAUUGUACAAAUGAGAAAACUCAAGUCCAGAUGAGUUAAAAGAGAUGUUACAAAAAAGCUGGGACAGAUCUCAGCUUUUCUGUUUUCCAUCCAGUACCCUUCAACUCCAUUUUAUACUCUAUUCUUCAUUAACAUAUUAAGUUGGAGUCUUGUAGCAGUAUUACCCGAGUUGCAUCUCUUUAUCCCAAAGAUCCUAGCCACAUUUCAAACACAUGACAUGGGCCACUAUAAAUAAGAUAAUCCGUCAAACUAGUAAUUCCCCAGAGACAAGAAUUUGAUCUACAUGCUAAUAUGCCUGGCAUCCACAAUAUGCAAUGUAAUGUAAUCUCAAUCUAAUGGCUUAAUCAUGUAGCUAGUUUAAGAGAUACAUAUAUAUAUAUUUUCAAACAGAUGGUUGGUUGUUUAGUAGAAUUAAUGGACUCCUUUGGAAACACAAAAGGACUAGGAUACAAGUCAGAACCAUGUGAACGAUAGAACUCUGGGCUGCUUUCUGCCAAGAAAAUUUAUAUUCAAAGAGCAAUUACUGAAUGCAGUAACUGCAGCCACCCUAAACAAGAAAGCACUAAACUGGGAAAUCAAAAAUUAAGACGUACACAUAUGACAGGAAGAGAGAUUUGGUCCUGAGACUUCACUAACAAUGUGUCUGACCAUGACAUGCAAAGAACCAUUUGGAAGAUUUCUGAUCUAUAAGAGAAGUACCAGAAGAAGAGGCUGUAACCAUCCACAAACUUCACAGAACACCAACGAGGACAUAAUAUUCAAAUGGUAGUAAAGAGACAAUCACAACCAUGCUCACAAUUUUAGGAGAAAAUUUUUUAAAAGUUAAACCCGGAAUUUGAAGCCAACAAGAAUGUCAUCAUUAGGAGGGUUAUUUCCUAUGAGCAAUAACCUCACAAAGUAGAGAGUCUUCAAGAAGAAACAUAGGACAUGAGGUCAGCCUUUAAAGAAACAGUGUUGCACUCAUAAAGGUAGACUCAUCCAUAAGACCAAAGUGAUGGAAGAUCAAAACUGGAGGUUUAGCUUUAAAGGAAUGUUUGACACCAUGCUGGAGAUAAGAAACCAUUUAUGUCUUCGUUUUUAAAUCUCCCCCUGUGUUCAGAGGCCAGAAUACACAAUGUGCAUUCUCUUCAACAGAGAGAACCACAGGUCACCAGCUAUUCUCUUGAGUCAUUGAGAAGUAUGCCCAAGUACAAAUAAGGAAACUCAAGAAAAUAUUUUCAUUUCAAGGACUAUUAGAAACAGAAAGAGAGAAAGAGAGAGAGAGAGAGAGAAAGAAGAUCAGGGAAACCAAGUUACUUGCAAAGAAAGUUAGGUGCUUUUGAAAAGGAAACUUUUAGAGAAUGGAGGAAAAAACUACAACCGAACACAAUGCAAAAACACUGGGCUGACAAUUCUCCCGGGGAAUUGCUAACUUCUGCCUGGUCUCUAGAGGCAUAGGGAAGAAAGCAGGGCCACGCACGUGAAGAGUAUUCCAUGUUUCUGGGUUUCUAAGCAGAGUCAGCCAACAGAGUUAAUCGUAUGAUAAUCCUAGAUAAUUCCACCUUGUGAUUCAUUGUCUAUGGAUGAAAUGCUGGACAGCGCUCUUUGGGUCCUUAAUAACAGUGCAGGUCAUCCACCUCACACCCUCUCUGCUAAUACAGAGCAGGCAGUCAAGGGAAACUUACCGAGAAAUAUGAGUGAAUAAAUUAUUUUGAAAGUUUCCUUGAAGAUGAACGUGUCUUAAAAUCUGAAAAGGAUGACUGCGGGAUAUCUGGAGAGGCAGUUACUUGUAUGAAGGAUAUUUAUUUAUCUUGGAAUAUCUCUAAAUAGAAAGAUUGCAUUUAAAAUACACAACAGUGUCACCUUUCUAAAAUUAAAACAUUUCUAAACUCCAAAACAAAAUAAAAUAAAAUGCACCACAGCAAUAACGGAGUACCAAAAUAUGAACUAAAGCAAUAAUUCAUGGAGCUUCUAUAGUCAACAAAGACCAGAAAGGAAGUUAAAGCAGCAACGCCUACACAGAGGCACAUCAGGCAUCAGAGACUCGGCCCUGCUCUUUGGAGAUCUCUUAGGGUUAGGACAGGAAUGAGUCAAGGAGGGUUUGGCUCAUCUGUGAAUUUGUGGGAUGUAAGUUCAGUAAUAGUUCUUGGUUUUUAACUUCCAUUACAGGAAAUUAGAGGAAAAGCUGCAUGAUUAAUCUUGGUCACAAUCUAUGUUUUUUUUUUCUCCUUAGGGAAUAUUAUGGUAAAAUCCAGAGUCAUUCUGUGCGUGUUUUAAACAAGUUCUACCCUGGUAAUUUCAUUUUGUUCUGAGUUCUGCAGUGACUCAGAAACUUCAUGAUACUGUAGCUGGUGUGAUUUUGUUGUAUUUUCAGUCAUGUCCUCCAAGCCUCCCAGUAUAUGCAGUUAUCUUUGAUGAACAGGAUCUGAUCAUUGUUUUAGGGAUGUGAUGUUUGGGGUAAUUCGAGGAGAGGGUCCCUAAGACCCAGAACUGAGUCUCGCCUAGAAGCCAUAGUGGCAUACUUCACCUCCCAGAGUCCCUGAACAAGUCAGUCUUUUGAGUUUAUGUUAAUUCUUUGGAGAAAAAAUAGAAACUCUUUCAUGGUAGGGUGGUAUGUUUGGGGCAGCUUUGUAUCUAAAGCUGUGUACCUUAAAAGUAUCACCACCUGCUAUUUUUUAAAUCAAUUUUUGUAAGCAAUAUGAUUUUUUCUCAUAGAGGGGCUGGGGCAGAAGCUUAAUGAAUUCCACAUUCUUCUCAUCACCUGAUUUAAAUUUUUUUUUCUCUGAGUACACAGUAAUAGCUGUUUAAGCACAUCUCAGCGGAAUUUUACCCCAAUGGAAACUGUCCACCUUCCUCCCUACGUAAUCUCUACAGAGGAAAUGAUAGACAAGGAAAGCAUAGCUGACCUGCUCACAGAUUGGCGUUCUUACAAUCUGCUUCUUAUGUAAUGGCUAUUCUGUGUACACUUUUCAUAAUUAAUGGAAUAUUAUUUCAUGUACUCUAACCUUGCAGUCUAUCUUGUGCCAUGUUCUUUUAAUUCAUUAAACAGUCUUUUUUUUCCUACUCUCAUUUCUGGGUUAUCUGAAGGUGUCCCCACCAGCCACUCAAGAAAACUGCCUUCCCCAGGCCCCUGUUAGAAUGGGAAGUUUGCUACUCAAAGUGCAGUCCGGGAACUAAUAGGAUGGGCACUUACCUGUGAGCUAGUUAGGACUAUAGAAUCCCCCCCCCACCGCCCCCCACCCAGGGCCAGACCUACUGAAUCUGAAACUGUAUUUUAAUAAGACCCCCAGGUGAUUUAUGUGCACAUUAAAAUUUGAGAAUACUGGCCUAUGAAAUAACCAAGUUUAUCAUCCGUCUUUACACCCAAAUAUGUAGCUGCUGGAUGAUGAAACCAUCAGCUUCACCUGUCUCUCUGAUGUUAUCUUUUGGGUAUUCCUUAGGCUAAUAUUUGGGUUGUUUACAUUUACUGGAUGAAUAAACAGGCUUUCAGAAGUCCUUUCUUUUCCUUGUCAUGUGCUUCCCAGCUGCAGUAAAAGAAACAACAUAUUUUGGAAUCAAAAGCAGAAAAGCAUCAUCUGGUUUGAAAGAUCUGAUAAAUCUAAAGUACUUCUUUUC